AUGGUAAAAAAAAAAGUGAGAACCGUAAUUGAGGUUAUCGCGCUUUCACAUGCUCAUAAAGAAUCCGCUAAGUCUGCUCAACACCAAUUAAAUGCUGGGACUCAAGAAUUUGAUCCCGAUCUAAAUUCUCCAACAAGUGUAGCUACAUCAAAUCUUCGUUUUCCAAAUAAUCCUGAUAGUGUUGUGACUUCUACUACAUCAUCAAUACCGAUUUAUGUAGUUUUACGCUUGAUCCUUUUUGCUCUUUUAUACUGUGCUGUUACUAUUUUGAGUUACGGCCGAGAUUUGUAUAUUAGCUUCCGGGAGGUAGAAUAUGACCUUGUCAAUCCUUCAUAUUUAGAAUAUGUAAUUUCAUUAUUAGGUAUAAUAAUCUUUAUCGUAUUUGGCACUUCAAUAGAAGCUUGUAAAGCAUAUUGGCGUUUCCUUAAAGCUUUUUUGAGGUUUAAGUGGGUAAAACAUUUGUUAGGCCGUAAAGAUAGUUUUGGUGAUUGGGAGACAGAGGGAGACGAAUAG